CUUGUGGAGUUUAUGCGCAUGUUCAAGUUAUAUUUCAAUUACGAAGGGAAAGUGUUAUUCGAGUGUUAAACUAGUUGUUGUUUUAAAUUCCCAAUAGUUGACAAAUAUUAUUUGGAAAAUAUUUAAAUGCCAGAGAGUAUGGCUACAGCUUCGAAGUGCAUGCAGAUGCAAGUGAUGCUCUUUCUCCUGUGUGCCAUCCCCGUAAGGGCCCAACCUUUGGAUUACGACGUCAACAGUAUUCUUCGGUACGACUCCCCUGAGUGUUUAUCGAGACAGGAAUGUGGACUGGAACGUACCUUCCCGGACAAAAAUUGCCAUUGUGAUGCCAUGUGUCAUGUGAUGGGGGAUUGUUGCAAAAACAGUAACCAUAAUUUAUCAGCUGAAAACUUUGUCUCUGUUCCACGACCUGAACUGUUUUCAUGUGAACGGAUUACUGGGAUUAUUGAAUCCGCAAACACAUAUGGAGUUUUAUCUGUCACACAUUGUCCAGAUAUAUGGGCUGACCAGAAAAUAAGAACAUUAUGUGAAGAAAACAACCAUUUUACAGAAGAUUUGAAUUGUAAAAUUCCUGUCAGUGACCGAACAGAAUUUCAGGUGAUUUACAGGAAUAUGUACUGCGCGUUUUGCAAUGAGGAAUACGACUUUUUGUAUUGGGGCGCACAAUAUGAUUGCAAAGAACCUUUAGAUGUCCGAGCUAUACCUGGUAAUCCACUCUGUCGUUUGUCAUUUUCGCGACCUGAUCACCAUGUCAAACACCGUCUGUGCCUUAUGAAUCAACCAUUAUCGAGCUGUCCAGAGGGAUCAAACAGGUCUCUGGUCGACAUGUGUGCAAGCACACCCUAUUAUAUUGUUUAUAAUGAUGCAAGCGCCACACAGACAUAUCGGAAUGAGUAUUGUGCACAAUGUAACGGCAUACAGGCCGAUAACAUUUACUGUGAAAACGUUGUACCAGUUGAACAAGAUGUACCUUACGAUCCUAAUACAAAAUUUUUAUACAGCUACCGCUUGUUGGUUGAUAUAAAUAACAAUGGAAUAUCUGGCAAUAAUCAAGUUUUUACUAAUACAACAAAAUGCGAGGAUAAUGCUAUAUUCGACGUUUUGUAUGGAAAGUGUAGAACGAUUAUCUGUCCGUAUGGAAGAUUGCCAAUGCAGGGACGAUGCAUUAUCCGCCCGAAAAAUGACAGCGAUGAUUUACAUGCGGGGAUUCAUGAGAAUACAUCUGGAAUUGACAUGAACUGUACGUUAGUUCAACUAGAAAAGGCGGAAUACACACAUACAAACGAUUCACGAUUGUUUAUUAUACCAAUCGGUAGAACAAUCAAUCACACUGAAUAUUUACAGAAUGGCUCAGAAGUGUUUAUAUGCCAACACCUGCUACUGGUAUGUUCAGAUGAUUGUAAAGUUCCUGAAGUUAAAAUGAUUUCGGGAGAAAUCGAGGGGUACAUUUCUUUGAUAGGAGUCAUCAUUUCGACAGCAGCGUUAUUUCUGACAUUUAUUGUAUAUAUAUCAUGUCCCCAAUUACUGAACACCCCUGGAAAGAUCAUGUUAUGUCUCGUUCUUUCGCUGUUUUUUGCGCAGAUAACUUUCAUUAUUGCAUCGAAAAUGAACCCUGUGCCAUUUAUGUGUACGGCUAUUGCGGUGUUAAUCCAUUAUUUCUUCUUAGCAGCAUUCUGCUGGAUGAAUGUUAUAGCCUUCGACCUCUGGAAGACAUUUUCUAAAAGCUUUGUUACAUCCGGGUCCGUAGAUAAAGCAGGCAAGCGUUUUUGUUUGUAUAGCAUUUACGCUUGGGGUAUACCCAUGAUUUUAAUUGGAAUCGCUUUGAUUAUUGAUCAAGCUGAUUUGGGUAUUAACCCGGAUUUUAAACCAAGAUACGGCAAAGGCGUAUGCUGGUUUAAUUCUCGAGUGAGUUUGAUUGUGUUUUUCGCUGGGCCACUUGCAGUUUUCAAACUAUUUGAUAUUGUAUCGUUUGUGUGCACAGCUGUUCAUAUUGCACGUGCAAACAGGCAGGGUGCCAGAGCAAGGACUAAGAAAAAUGCAUGUUCCCUUCUGAUUAAUCUGAAACUGUCCAUGGUGAUGGGUCUCACAUGGGUGUUCGCCUUUCUGGCCAAUAUCAGCAACAAUUCAGUAAUGUGGUAUCUCUUUAUCUUGUUCAAUACACUGCAAGGCUUGUUUAUUGCAAUUAGCUUCCUGUGCACAAGAAAGGUAAGUAGGCUUGUGCACGAGAAAUUUGAGGUGAUAUCAAGUGCGUUGUCAAGUAAACGAGAAUCCUCAGGAACUCAACUUACGUCGCUCGCAAAAUCGUCAGAAUAGUAAACAUACGUAAUAUGCGCCUUUUACACAUGGUUAAGUUUCAUUCUAAUUUAAUAGCGGGAGUGAAGUAUUUUUAUCGACUAAAUGUUGAUACCUAUUUUAGAUUGAUUCUAAUUUAAUAGCGGGAAGAGAAGAAUGGUUAUCGACUAAAUGUUAAUAAAUAUUUUAGAUUGAUUUUAAUUUAAUAGCGGGUAGUAAUAUAUGGUCAUUGACUAAAUUUUAAUACCUAUUUUAGAUUGAUUCUAUUUUAAUAGCGGGCAGUGAAGUAUGGUUAUUGACUCAAGUGUAAUAUCUAUUUUAGAUUGAUUCUAAUUUAAUAGCGGGUAGUGAAGUAUGGUUAUUGACUAAAUGUAGAUACCUAUUUUUUAUUGAUUCUAAUUUAAUAGCGGGUAGUGAAGUAUGGUUAUUGACUAAAUUUUAUACCUAUUUUAGAUUGAUUCUAAAUUAGAACGGGCAGUGAAGUAUGCUUAUCGACUAAAUUUCCUUUCUUUUCCUUCAUAAGUUUAUGUUGAAAUUUGUAGUAUAUAUCUAUGCAGUUUUAAUUAUCUAUGGACCGCCUUUACAGCAUGGCGCAAUACGUAUUAGUGUUAUUUAGUUAAGCGAUAUUGUGUUUUUAAAAGCUUUACAAAACUCAAUUACAGAAAUAUAAGAACAAUUCAGUAAAUGUUUGCUUAGUUUACCAAUAAGCACACAUGGGAAAUUGUGGAUUCAGAUUUAAGCAGAUGUUUUAUUGUCGAUUUAUUUUGGUAAUAUAAAAACUCGGGCUGCUUGUAUAUGUGUUCUUUGAUUUUUGAACAUUUUGUUGAAUUGUUUGUGUAUGCAAAUUAUUGCAAGUUUUUACAUUAACAAACAAGUACAUGUAUAUAUUUUGUAUAAGAUAACUGCUUUAAAUAACGUACGUGUAUUAAUCUCUGUGCAAUUACUAUUUAUGGAAUAUAUAUCUCGAUUUGGUGGUUUAUUUAUUCCAUAUACGCUGAAUAUGUAAUUUUGAAUGAGUAUAUAUAUUUAUGCAUAUUGUUAUUGCUAUGUGUAUUAUUGUACAAUUAGUGUUAUAUAACUGUUUUAUAUUCAAAUUGUACAAACAAAUAAUUGUUCGUGCACUCAUUAAACUUAAGUUUUUUGCUAAUAUUAGCGAAUUAUUGAAAACGUGUUUCACAUGGUCGAAAAUUUUGUCAUUGACCUGAAUGUUUUGGUAACCGAUGUUUUCUCCCUUGUCUAUUCGCCCCCUCCCACCCCAACUAAUUAUUACAAUAUGUCACUUGAAUGGUUCAACUGUGCAUUUUGGUAAACGAUGUUUUCUCCCUUGUCUAUUCGCCCCCAUCCCAUCCCAACUAAUUAUUACAAUAUGUCACUUGAAUGGUUCAACUGUGCACUUUGGUAACCGAUGUUUUCUCCCUUGUCUAUUCGCCCCCUCCAAUCCCAACUAAUUAUUACAAUAUGUCACUUGAAUGGUUCAACUGUGCACUUUGGUAACCGAUGUUUUCUCCCUUGUCUAUUCGCCCCCUCCCAUCCCAACUAAUUAUUGCAAUAUGUCACUUGAAUGGUUCAACUGUGCACACUGCCCCUUUUUAACAGUAUCCUUUAUUGUGCCCCUUUUGGAAUGCGUGAUCCUAGAUCUUCAAUUUAAAGGAGCUAACUUAUAUAAACGAAAACAUCAUUAAUCCAACACAAAUACAAGACAAUAUUUGCUUUUGAAAAUCUACAUUAGUUGACAUAAUAAUAUUUUUUCUCUAUCGGAGAUGGUAUUUUGUUUAAUGAAUCUUAAAAUGAUCAAGAAAGUUAAGGUACUGGUGCCUUGCCUUUUUCCGACGCUGUCCUAAAUCAGUCACCCACUCAACAUUAGCACUUAUAAUGGUGGUAAUUGAUUUGUUAGUCUUGCUCAUUUUUGUGCAGCUGACACCCUAAAUGCAAAUUUAUGACACGGGUGUGGGCAUUGUCGUAUCAUAAUUUGUGUGCGAAAUUUUUAGGUCCGUCGAGUGGGCAUUAUACAAUUAAGCCAUCAUGCUAUGUGCAUACCUCUUCUUUGUUUUAAUACACUUUGUAUGCUUAAAAAUCAAAUUAAAAAUUGCAAAAUAAACACACACCAAAAAUAUUAGAAAUACUAGUCCUUAAUUGUGUCAAUAGUGAUUGUGAACGUUCUACUAGCCCUUUUAAAAAAGUUCAACUUGCUUUGAAUCAUUAUUUCACGUGUCAUCACUAUUCCAUCUCCCAUUUAGUUAAAAACCAAAACAACAACAUUGUUUAUACGCAUUUCAUUUUCAUUUUCUUUGUCACAUAAACAAUGGAAGUUUGUAAUAUGCAUCAUGAACAUAAUCUUACAUAAGCUAGUUAUUGUAUUACGUUUCUGUUUGUGAUACAUUAAACAUACGUUUGACGUC